AUGACGGGCAACUGGCGACUUGCAGCGGCGACGGGUGAUUGCAGUGGCGACGAACGUCGGCCAAAUAGCGGUCUCUGCAUCCAUCAUUCGAGCCACUCCAGUUCUGGAGACGUCCAUAGCCAAUUGCACGCCGUCGUUACUGUUGUUGCCGCCAUUUGUCCCGUAGCUGCCACCGUUCACCGCCGAGAUCAUUGGAUCUUAGCCGCCUCUGCAAAUUUCAAACAGUCGGCGUCGAGAAACUCAGGGUCGUGGCUACGACCCAGAAACACGCUUUGUUUUCAACCCGACGACGGCGACCUGCACGGAGCAGAGAGGGACAACCAGAAUUUUUACUUUUUACGACUAUCAAUCCGGCGGCGGGAUCUGGAGGAGGCGCCGGCGAUGACGGGAUUUGACGGGGUGACUGUGAGAUAA